GUUAUUUAAUCAACUUCUUUUUGGAUUCAGGUUCGGAUAUGGAGAGUACCAAACCUGACCCCUGGUACCCUGUAUCACACUUGUUUUCCAUUUCACUCAUGGAACACAAUUAGAAGUCUCGUGAGCCUUCAUCAACCAGGGACCUGAAAGGGUCUUUAAACACUUGCCCAAUUCUCAAUAGUGUUGUCUUGCUUGUCUGUAUAGAUAAAGACAAUGGAGGCAGACUUGAUGCACCAUGAUAAUCAAGAAGAUGGAGCGGAAGAAGAAGACUAUGUGCUUCUUGAUCUUGAUGCUGUUUUUGCCCAAGUUGAUAUUUCUCCAGAUACACCAUAUGUUCUUUCUGGUCUCGACACUGCAGAGCCAAUAUUGAUUAUAGAUGACAAAGUGAAACUGAUUGGGAAAUAUGAAGAUACAAUCGGUACAUGCUUUGUUUUCUCAGAAAAUGAAGCUGCCCCUUUGAUUCUAGAAGAGACAGGACCAUCAGAAGCAAACCUUUUUGCAGGCAGAUGUAUAGUGGAUCCUAACCAAACUCCGACUAAGGAAGUGAAACCAGUUGCACAGCUCCAGAAGAUCCUAAAGUUUAGGUUGUUAAUGGAUGAGGAUGUUCAAGAUUUCAAUGUGGAAUCAAAGAUGUGAAAUUUAAAUCAAGUUUUUCUCCAAGGAUUUUAUACUGCUAGAUGCUAGAAAGGUUAACAUUACAUUAGUUAUGUCAGGGCAAUGAUAUAAUGUCAUGUUUUGUUAGAAGCAACGAAUUCUAUAAUAUAAUGGUCCAUUGUAUUUCUUUCUAUGCUUGGUUGUGCAAUUCUGGGGCAUAAAAAAAAGAGGCAUGAGAUUGGUGAGACAAUUCUGGGGAAUCAUCAACUAGAACAUGACUCCAGGAGGUACAGCCCGAACCUAGGGCAAAAAUAUCCCCUCGAAAAAAUCUUUUUUCAGACACAAGUAUAAAAAUAUGAUCACCACCAUGCCGCAGGGAUAAGUGUAUGACGCUGAGUUCAAACUUGGAUCGCGCCUUUGGUCUAGCUCUAGCCGUAGGGAAGCGAGCUCCUUCGACCAAAGCCUCUCAAUGCAAUAAAGUCUGUGGAUACCAAAAGAAGUAGAGCAGCAACAGGAUUUGCUGUCAAAUUUGUAUUGAAGACAGUAAAAGGUUUUUGCUGAUAACUGAGCAUGCAGUAAAUAAUAACUGUCAAGUGCUCCAAUAAAUUAUGAAUAUGAACUUCUUUUUAUAAGUUAA